AUGUUUGAAGAUGGUGGACCACCUAAAAUAGAAUUCAGGUACUUAAGUGGUUCUGCAUUAAAUGCAAUUUCUGAAACUCUUGGAGCAAUAAACACGGUUGGUCGAUAUUUGGUGAACAUGACAAGGCAUGACAGAAAAGAUAUUAGCCAGGAACAAGACAUACAAGAAGAUGUUCCUGGUGCUCUUCUAACAAUAAGCAAAAAUGUUUUGGGUAGAAAUGUCACUGAAUCAAUAGCACCAUUUGUGCGCGGCGAAUCUCCCUCGAAUAUUAACUUCAUAACAGGUUCGGCUAAACAACGUCCUGGUGGCAAGGUUACAAAUUCCGAUAUCAAUGCUCGUGCGUGCACAACACCAGCGGGAGGUCGCGGUAGAUGCGAUGAUCUUAGCAACUGCCCGAGACUACUUUUGGACCUUGCUGCGCUUCGGCAAAGUUUGUGCUUCAAAAGCUUAUUCGUACCUGGUGUCUGUUGUCCUGUAGAUGACAGUAAUAAUCAGCAGAAUGGUGAUUUGCAAUUAACAGUGUUGACGACGCAAAAACCGACUCGCCUAACAGCCAGGCCUCCAGUAGUGCUAACUACAACUUCUCGACCCAUAACUUCCACCAGAAGACCUAAAACAACAACAACCGCAUCGACUACGACGGAAGAUAGUUCUUUGGAAUCUGAAAAUCCAAUUGAUGAACCAUUGAAUCAGCUCAUUGUUAAUCCAGAUGAGUGCGGCGAAACUGAAGAUGAAAGUGGUCGUGUUGUUGGUGGACAAGAAGCCCGAUCUGGAAGCUGGCCCUGGAUGGCUGCCAUAUUCCUUCAUGGACCCAAACGCACAGAAUUUUGGUGCGGUGGUUCACUCAUUGGAACAAAAUAUAUCUUAACUGCUGCGCAUUGUACUAGAGACUCGAGGCAAAAGCCUUUUGCAGCAAGGCAAUUUACAGUACGUCUUGGAGAUAUAGACUUAGAAGAUGAUGAAGAGCCUAGCAGUCCCGCAACAUAUCGGGUGAAAGAAGUACGAGCUCAUCAGCGCUUUUCUAGAGCUGGAUUCUAUAAUGAUAUUGCAAUUUUAGUACUCGACAGCCAAGUGAGAAAAUCCAGAUAUAUUAUUCCUCUUUGCUUGCCGCCUAGACAAGAUGCUCAAGCUCGUGACCGUUUGGCUGGACGAAGGGCAACCGUGGUCGGCUGGGGUACUACAUACUAUGGUGGGAAAGAAAGCACAAGGCAGCGCCAAGCGCUUUUACCCGUUUGGAGAAACAGUGAUUGUGAUCGCGCUUACUUCCAACCUAUAACUGAAAAUUUUGUUUGUGCUGGGUACUCAGAAGGUGGUGUUGAUGCCUGUCAGGGCGACAGUGGUGGGCCACUGAUGAUGCGAUGGGGAAGUCGAUGGACGCAAAUCGGAGUCGUCUCCUUCGGAAACAAAUGCGGCGAACCAGGAUAUCCGGGAGUGUACACCAGAGUUUCACAGUACUUGAAUUGGAUACGUAAUAACACAAUUGAUUGA